ACGCCAUUGCUGCGCGACGGACUUUACGUUAGUUGAUGUGAGAGUAAAAAAAAUCUGCUCAGCGCAUCACUCCUACAGACCUUACCAAAUUAAUGUAGAUUCUUCCUUUCGAUUUAACGUAAACCGUUGAGGGUAAUCUACAUUUUCUGUGUAGUAUUUGUGUUUUCUUUGAGCUGGAAGAUCUUAAAGGAUUCAAAGUUCGCAAGAAGGUGACAUCUGGCUGUUCAACACCUGACUUCAUUGAAUGAGGUUUUACACCAAUUAGCAGAAACCUAUACAAAAUUAAAUACGCUCAACUUUCACUCGCAAGAAGCUGGACAAACGUUCAUUUAAUCUGCAGGUUAACGGUGACGAGCUGGCGCAGGUUGUGGGUUGUCCGUGGAUAAUGCGAGACAGUGGCGGUAGCCUGGCCCAGAACCGCUGGCAGGGAGACCUGGGUCUGACUGCUGUGGGGCAGGACGACACAGGAGGAGGUGGAAUUCCUGGUGACCACCUCAAAGCUCCGGUGUCAGGACACAGCGUACCCAGCCCCAUGCACCUCAGACUGGGGCAGAAAGAGAAAGUGUGGACAGGAGAGUAUGUAGACAAGGAGGAAGAGGAGAUGAUUGGUGGACUUGAGGCAGUAGGCGAUGAGGAAGAAGAAAACUAUGUGGAUGGGGAGGACAAGGGUGAGUUUGAGGGCAAGGAUUGGGAUAACAAUGAGGAGGCAGAAGACGAGGAUGAGGAAGAAGUGGAAGAAGAAGGAGACCGGGCUGAGGUAGAGUGGGAGAUCCCAGAAUUCCCAUCAAAGACCACUCAGCACCCUCAUUUACAACAACAUCAACCUUAUGGACCACAAGAGAAGACAGAAGAAGAUGCUGAUGUCGCUGUAGAAGAUACUGUCUUCCAGGCCAAAGCAGGGGACUUGUUCAGGUCUCACCUCAGCAGAAACAGGGCUCUGAGGAGGCUAAGGCGCUGGCAGCGUUUUCGACUCACCCAGCACUGGAAGAACUGGCGCCGGCGGGCCCAAUGGAUAUUCUUUCAAGGUCACCGGUGGAACCGGAGAGGGCAAUGGUACAGUCUAUACAGCAGGCAGAGGAGGAUAAAAAGAAAUCUGCAAUCAUCGUAUUCAAAUGGAGGGGAUGACUGCAAGGACAAGAGGUUCACAGUGUCUGAGAGAGAUAAACAGAUAGAUGGCUGCUCUCUAGACAAGCAAGAGGACACAGGGAGACGGGAAAUGGAAGUCAAACCAGUGGAGCUGGCCAUCACUGAGGAACACAUGACUUGUGUGACUGGUAUUCUUGAAGAAUCUCUACAGCAGUAUGGCAGUUUGAUCCCUAUUCAUGUGGACGACAUUGUGGAGAAGCUUCAGGACAUCUUCAGUGAGAGCUUCUCACAGCCACACAGGAAAGCAGUGGUCCAGCACCUAAUACAAUCCUUUCAGCGUUCGUCUGGAUCAGCCCUGGCCAAAACAUUCAGGGUUAACUACAAACGCCACGUUCUGACCAUGGAUGACCUUGGCACUUUGUAUGGACAGAACUGGCUCAAUGACCAGAUUAUGAACAUGUAUGGUGACCUGGUCAUGGACUCUGUACCAGAAAAGGUUCACUUUUUCAACAGCUUCUUUUAUGAUAAGCUGAGAACAAAAGGCUAUGAAGGAGUCAAACGGUGGACGAAAAAUGUUGACAUCUUUCAGAAGGAUCUCUUAUUGAUCCCUAUCCACCUGGAGGUUCACUGGUCACUGGUCAGUGUUGACAUUCCUCGUCGAGCCAUCACUUACUUUGACUCUCAGAGAACCCUCAACAGACGCUGUCCAAAGCACAUUUUUAAAUAUCUGCAAGCAGAGGCCAUCAAAAAAGACCAGCAAGACUUUUUGACCGGAUGGAAAGGCUUUUUCAAAAUGAAUGUGGGUCGUCAAAACAACGACAGUGACUGUGGAGCUUUUGUGCUGCAGUACUGCAAGUGUCUAGCAUUAGGACAGCCGUUCAGCUUUGGCCAGCAGGACAUGCCCCGGCUGAGGAGACAAAUGUACAAAGAACUGUGUCACUGCAAGCUCACGCUGUGACCGCACCCCUACCCCUCCCACCCCCGGGCCCACCAUCUCCACCUGCUCCCAACCCUGACAAGAUGGAGGGACAGUGAUAUAAUGAGAAGAGGACAAGGGGAACAAAUAACUGACUGGAAAAAAAAAGAGAAACUUUUCAAAAAUUUUAUUUUUGUCUCUGCCAACAUCUAGAGAAACUACUUCUUCUAUUGUAGGUGAUGUCAUUCUUUCACUUUGUUUUGUCUCGUUUUGCUUCCCCCUCUCCACUCUUUGAAAACUGGUUUAAGUCCAUGUCAUGGUUAUUGUUUUUGUGGUUGACAGCGGCCAAGGCUGCCUUCCAUUAUCGGGAAUGUGCGAAUCUUCCGUUCUCUUUUAGUCCACUUGUGUUUUUCAGUCUGCAUGGGAGCCAGACAAGAUGGGAGUUGGACCACAGUUAGUCAGACCUGACAAAUCCUUUAUGUAACAUGCCUGAACACUGAUUGAAGAGGUAGAGUGGGUGUAGGACAAAAUAAUUUGUACCAAUGUGUUUAAGCUUGUGGUUAGAUAGUACCAGUGGAUUUUUAUGCCUUCCAUCCAUCCAGUUCAUACAGUAUAUUGUGUUCUAUUCCAGUUGUUUAAAGUGUGAAACUCUAAGCUGAUGUCUUUGAAAAACAAGAAAAAAAAAAUACUCAACAUAAAACACACUCCCCCCAUGCUUCAGCCAAUGUUAUACUGAUGAUGCUAUCUAUCUACUCAGUGAUGUGUUUGCCACUGCAGUGCAUUCUGACAUUUUCGGUUUGUAUUGGUUUAAAAGUUUUCCUACACAGUGUUUAGAUAACUGUAAAGUAAUGCUGAAAAGUGGAACUUAGAAUGCAGAGCUGAGCUUGCCGAGUUGAUUCAGAAAACAAAUUUCAAGCAUUAGAAUUUACAUACCCUUGGAACACACCACAUAUUGACCCACGUCAUUCUUCCCAGUCAUACAAAUAGAACAACAUGUGGGAGACUGGAUCUGCAUCUGUGGAUCAGUGUCCAAACAAGUCAGAGUUAGAUAUUGGCCCAGGGAAGGGAUAUCUUAACAUUACAUGUACCUUUUUCUGUGUUUAUCUCUGUCAGUAAAUGUGUUGAUAUGCUUAUUGCUUUAAACAAAUUGUGUUCAAAGGAGGAUGACUGAUUUGAGUUAUUUUUGGAGUAAGUACAAAAGAGAUCCUCUGGUUAGUAUUUCUAAGUGUGAGAGCCAUUUUGGACCAUGAUUGCUACACAAAAAAAAAAAAGAUUCUGUAUAUCCACAGUGGAGUUUCAGUAGCCUCCUCCUUUUUAUAAUGAAAGACUAAUUUCUUGAUAGCUCUCUCUGUGUGUGUGUGUGUGUGUGUAUGUAUGUGUGUGUGCGCGCGCGUGCGUGUGUGUUUUUCAAGCAGAAAUUGAUGCAGCAGAGUUAACAGUUUUAUAUAUCUUCUACAAUGCAUUAUGGUUGCUAAAAAUAAAAAUGCACAGCAAACAA